CAUUUAGAUUAAAAUUGGCAUUUGAAUUCUCCAACCAUGUGAGAUAUUUCUUAGAUGACAGUUCAAGCGCUUGAUAAGGAUGAAGAAAAUUCCAGGAGUAGAGAAACUGAAUACACUGAUUCCAACAGUCAUGUGGAUGAAUCGACACUGGUUUCAAGUUCUCCAAGGAAUAAUGCACAGGUUAGUAAGGUUGAUUGGAAAGAUAAAGAUGCAAUUGAAACUUCAGAAAAUGUCAAUACCACUGGGGAAGUAAAUAUGGAGGCUUCAAUAACACCUGAUGAUGUUAUUCAGGCUGGGGAAUUUGGAGCAAGGGAUGACAUAAGUAGCUUUCUUCCCGUUGCAAGCAACUCAACUGACUUUGAAUCUUCAAUUCUUGAUGCCAAAGACUAUGAAGAACCACAUGAAGAACCAUCCAGACCAGGCCUUGGCUGGAGAGAAGCAUAAAAAAACAGAAUAGCUUUGUCUGCACUACUACAUAAGUGAGUUGUCAAAAAGUAUGGCAUUUUCUUGUUGUGUUGCUUGCUUUGUCAUUUACCUAUGGUAUAUUCUGUUUGGAUCAGUUUUGUUUAUUUUGCUAAUUGCAGUUGUUAUUUUCUACUAAAGCAUUAUUUGGGUA